AUUUUUAAUUGUGGCAAAAAGCACAUAAAGGAGUUUAUCCAAGUGCAGAGUUCACCUGUGUCCACCAAAUUCACAUCAUCAUACUAUAAAUCUCCAGAACUUUCUCAUCCUGUAAAACUAAAACUCUACAACCACUGAACAACCACUCCCCUUUCCUUCUCCACCCAGCUGCCGGGAACCACCAUUCUACUUUUCGUUUCCAUGAUUUUGACUACUCUAGAUAAGUCCUAUAAAUGGAAUCAUACAAAUCAUACAGUAUAUUGUCCUUUUCUGACUGGCUUAUUUUAUUAAAUAUAAUGUCUUCAAGGUUCAUCCAUGUUAUAACAUAUGACAGGAUUUCCUUUUUUUUUUUUUUUUUUGAUGGAAAGUCUCACUCUGUUGCCUAGGCUAUCAUGCCGUGGUGUCAUCAUACCUUAUUGCAACCUCAGACUCAUGGGUUCACGUGAUCCUCCUGCCUCAGCCUCCUGAGUAGCUGGGACUACAGCACCCACCAUGAUGUCUGGCUAAUUUUUUUUUCUAUUUUUAGUAGAGAUGGGGUGGUCUCAAACUCCUGAGCUCAAGGGAUCCUCCCUACCUCCACCUCCCAGAGUGCUGGGAUUACAGGCCUAAGCCAUCAUAUUUGGCCACCUUCUUUUUUUAGGCUGAGGAAUAUUGCAUUCUAUGUACAUACUGAAUUUUAUUCAUUAUUCUCUUGGUGAACAUUUGGAUGCUUCCACCUCUUGGCUAUUGUGUAUUGCUGCAACAUCCGUAAACAUGCGCAACCUUCCUUAGCACCCUUUCCGUCGACAUCAUGCUCCAGUUCCUGCUUGGAUUUACUUUCGGCAACUUGGUUGGAAUGUAUCUGGCUCAGAAAUAUGACAUGCCUAAUGUGGCUAAAAAACUUGAAGAAAUUAAAAAGGACUUGGAUGCCAGGAAGAAACCCCGUAGUUCGUAAGACCGACUCCAGCACUGCCUCUGGAUACACUGAUUCUCCUGCUCUUUAGGGCCGCCUUUACCAUCUGAACCAAAAGCUCCAGCCGCAGCGAUUUUCUUCUUUGCUAGACCCUGUGUUGCCUUAGAGUGAAAAUGGGGCCCCAGGUUAAGAACUGCCCUUACAUUUCCAACAUCCUUACUUCUUCCCAUAUCUUCCUUCCAGCUGCAUGGGAGAUUCUAAGACUGGAAUUAUGGUGCUAGAUUAGUAAACGUGACCUUUAAUGAGUAAUCUCUUCCUUUAUUCUUUGAGAUUUCUAUUCUACCUUUUGUCAGAAGAAAAAUUGGUGAGUUUUAUAUAGCUGAUCAGAUACAAAUUAUGAUGAUUUCAGUGUAGCCAUUAUAAUGGGUGCUUGUUAAAUAUUUGGUAUUAAAUUAUAUUGUUCCAAAUUAAUUAAAAUUAA